CUUUGCUCUUUGGUAGCUCCUCUUAAGUUAGUGGUUCAAUAUAGUCACGACAAGCAUUAUCUACAGAAUCUAGCUCAGCCUUUGACAUAUGGCCACACACCCUGGUAUUUAGAUUAAUAGAUUUGUAAGGAAUGGAUUAGAAAUUGAAGCAUGCGUUGAUGCCUGCAGUGGCUUUAUGUACCGGCUGUGUGCUGUCGUUUGUAUAUAAAUGUCGCCUUUUUACCACGUAGAGAUGGAGAAUUCAAACUAGCCAAACUAACUCUUCAUCGUACCAACACUCUCAUAAUAUACUUGCAAUCUUCUUGUCCCUCACAGGGCACUUUCGAUAUGGCCACCUACCUAAUCACUCAAGCGACCGGCCAGCAAAGCCAAUGGGUCAUCAGGCAUCUGCUGGCAGCUGGAUGCAAAGUCCACGCUGUGGUACGCGAUCUCCAGAAGGAACUUCCACCCACUCUUCACUCCCCGGGCGUCACCCUUUUCCAAGGUGAAAGCAAGAACUCUGAAGAAAUCUUCAAGGCAGCCCAGGGCUGCAAAGGAGCUUUUCUGAACACCUUCCCCAUCCCGGGAUUGGAAGCCCAGCAGGCCCAGGCCAUCGUCGAGGCAUGCAAGAAAGCAGGUGUCGAGACCAUCGUCGCAGCUACGACCCAAGGCACUAGCGACAAAGCCAUGUGGAACGAUGCCGAGACGAAGGAAUGCGGGAUGCUCGAGUACUACCUCUCCAAGGCAGCGGUCGAGGAUAUCGUCCGCCGGGCCGACUUCAGAGCCUACACCAUCCUCCGGCCGGCCUUUAUCCAUUUCGACUACCUGCUGCCAAACGCCUGGUACAAUUAUCCCCGGCUGCCGUCUCACGGGGAGCUCGACCAUGCCUGCAACGAGAACGCGAGGAUCCCUCAGACGGACGGGCACGACAUCGGGAAAUACGCAUCAGCGGCUCUGCUAGAUCCGGCCAAGUUCGGCGGUCAGGAAAUCGACAUGGGUAACGAGACCCCAAACAUAGAGGAGAUCCGCGCCGUCCUGGCCAAAGUCAGCGGCCGAGACGUGCGGGCGAGGAAGCGUACCCCUGAGGAAGAGGAGGAGGCGAAGACCUCUCUCUGGGCCCAGCGCUUCCACUUAUUUGCAAACGUGAAGGACUUUGGCAUCAUUCCAGGUCAUGCCAAAGAGGUCCAAACCAAAUUCGGCAUACCUUUCACCUCGCUGGAAAAUGCCUUGCAGAGGGACAAGGCAGCCCUUCUGGAAUGUCUGCCCGCAAACUAGUAUUUGAGGGUACAGUUAUGAUCGCGAUGGUCUUCUUUUCAUUGUAUUAGAACCAUUAACGGGCCACACUUAUGUAUUUAGCACUCUCCUUAUAUUAUCUUCUUUUAACUCUUUCAAAUCUAACCCAGCUCAUUCUACGAUAUGAUUAAAGAUACAGGAAAGUUAGAAUUUUUCACUUAAUCAUUAACCGAUGAAGGGAAG